CCUUAGGACCAAACAAAUCCAAAACCCACCCACACAUUCCAUUUUAUUCUCGUUCUUCUUCUUCUUCAAUCUGAACCAGAAAAUCCUCAACACAAAAAUGUCUCACAACUCCAUAAGGUUCAUAAAAUUGAUUCGCUCUCUCUCCACUGAAGCAGCUCGCACUCACAAAGUUGAACGCAUUGCAGAUGAACUUCUCAACCUCAACAGAUUCGAAAGACACGAUUUUACCGUCCUAUGGAGACUCAAAAUGGGCCUCGACCGUUACGGUGCUCCAGUUGCCGGACCCGGUCCAUUAGGCCCAACUUCAUCCGGACCCGCGGCUGCAGAUGCAAGCGCCGCAGCGGCAGAGAAGACGGCUUUUGAUAUAAAGCUGGAGAAGUACGAUUCCGCUGCGAAGAUCAAGAUAAUUAAAGAGGUUAGGUCUUUUACUGAUUUAGGGUUGAAAGAAGCUAAGGAUUUGGUUGAGAAAGUUCCUUGUGUUUUGAAAAAGGGACUCACUAAGGAAGAGGCUAAUCCCAUUAUUGAUAAGCUUAAGGAGUUAGGUGCCACUGUUGUCCUUGAAUAGUUUUCUUUUAUUUUUGUUAGUUGUAGAAUCAUUUGUUCUUUUGGAUUACUUUUAUUUUGCUAUUGGCAUAAAGUUUUAUAACAAAAUGGCCAAUUUUUAUUUCAUGGAAUGGUGUCUGCUUGAUUUGUUGUUUUACAAUGUUAGCACAAGAUGAGAAAUCUCAGAAACUCUUGUUUUUUUUA